AUGGAUGCACGGCGGCGGGGGGGGUUGAAAUUCCCAGAGAUCGACGUCUUUGGUGACGUUUAUGUUCGACCUGGGAAUGAGUUGGCCGAGUCCCUUCAUACGACGAUGGUGGAGAGGAGCCAGUUGGUUCUUCAGGAGUCUGCCUCCCAACUUUCUCCCGAGACUCCGAUCGAGUCUGUGGAUCCUUCACAGGAUGCUGGAUUUCAGAUCUUGACGGAGACGUUGGAUCAGACUCUCGGGAGGAGGCCGGGAACUUAUUGUAGAGGGAUGGGGAAUGCCCGACAGAGGGAACCUCGACCCCGGUCGUCAUCGCAGGCAAACAGUUCGGUGACUGUUUUGACAUCGCGAGUUGCCGAGCUUGAGGGUCAAAUGUCGGUGAUUCUGCAGUCCCUCGCGCGGUCAGGCAUUCUAAUCCCAAAUUUUGGUGCGUUGACAUCCGAGACUGUCUACCCCAAGCAUCCCCAGCAGACCACGGCCCCUGUAGACCCCCUGAUCCUCGAGUCGCUUAUGCCUGACGACCAUGUAGAUUUUGGAACAUUAUUUGAUUAG